AUGAAUUUAUGUUUAGAAGUAGAAUCAGUAAAAGAAGGAGUUUAUCUCAGUGUACACCACAAGAGAAGUUUAAACCAGGCCAAUAAUCAACAUUGGAUCCUUACUCCAGAAGGACACAUCGCUUUAAAUAAUAAUCCCAAGAAGCCUUAUGUUCGAGUUUUUGAUGAUGAUAAAGAAACUGUUGCUCAGACUGAUUUCAUUGAUAAUGAUUUAAAUCUGAUUUGGAAUGAAAUUCAUUACCUUCUGGUUAAGAAUAUCGGCAAUAAAUUCUUUUUAAAUAUAAUGAAUUAUAAUGCGAAAGAUAAAUCACUUGGAAAUUGUCAUUUUGAGGUUACUAGAGAUCUAAUAAAAGAAAGCAUACAAAAUUGUAUAGAUAUGUGA